AUGGCCGAGGAAGGCAUUGCUGCUGGAGGUGUAAUGGACGUAAAUACCGCUUUACAAGAGGUGCUGAAGACCGCCCUCAUCCACGAUGGCCUAGCACGUGGAAUCCGCGAAGCUGCCAAAGCCUUAGACAAGCGCCAAGCCCAUCUAUGUGUGCUUGCAUCCAACUGUAAUGAGCCUAUGUAUGUCAAGUUAGUAGAGGCCCUUUGUGCUGAACACCAAAUCAACCUGAUAAAGGUUGAUGAUAAUAAGAAACUGGGGGAGUGGGUAGGCCUCUGCAAAAUUGACCGAGAAGGAAAGCCCCGCAAAGUAGUCGGCUGCAGUUGUGUAGUUGUUAAGGAUGUGUUUGCUAAUAUCCUGCUGAUUGAUAGUAAAUGUGCAUUUCUGGCUCCCAUGUCCACAUGGUCCCUGCUAGUGCCCACCCUGCGAAUGUCUAGGUGUGGACCAGACCUCUUUGCAUUAAAGCACGCUCCCAUGCCCAGCAGCAUGCCUGUGCCUUAUGCAGCCCACCCACACCCUAUGCUAGUGUGCUUGUCUCCAGGCCCUACCUUGCAUCUCCUCAUGUCCAGGCAAUUAACUGCCUUUAGUCCAGACCGCCUUUGA